AUGACAUCGAACGCCUCACCUGCUUCCACAACGGCGGGCGGGCGAGCGAGCGGGCGGGGUGCGAAGCGAGCCUCGGCGGCUGCAGCUCUGGUCAAGGCUCGUGAGCAGACGAUCGACACCAACACCAAUACCAGUGAUGACUCGGUAGGUCUGAAUCUCUGUUCGAGACGAGGGGCCGAAGAUCUACCUGGUCGAGCGCUGACACGAGCUGGCGAUUCGCUGCGCAGGACGACGACGACGACGAUGACGGCCAUGAUCAUGACAACAGUGCCGGUCCAAGUGCACAAGCGACUCCCAACUCAAUAGGGAAUGGUGGUACAGGAGCCGGGGCCAAGAAGCCGGACAGGAAGAAGCGCAAACGCAACCGUCAGGCGUUGAGCUGCAGCGAGUGUCAGAGGCGCAAGAUCAAGUGUGACCGCCACAUACCCUGCGAGGCGUGCAUCAAACGCGGAGAGGCCGACACGUGCCAGUGGGAGGAGAAGAAGAUUGUUGUGCCGCCGUGAGUGCUGCGUUCGUGGUCCUCGGGAGGUCGAAGAGGCGAAAGACUCACAAGACUGAGCCUCGUAUGGGCGGCUCUUUGACCAGGCAACCGUUCGCUUUGGCUUCCGAGCACGAUGCACUCAAGGGUCGAGUCGCCGAGUUGGAAGCCUACAUCGACAAGCGUCGGUCAUCUCCGAAGCCCAAUAUUCCUCUGCCGACUCCGGCGCCCUUGGUAGCUAUGCAGAUGUCGGCAGUUGAGCCGCCGAGGAGUCCUCAUCAUCCAGUAGUCGCCGGCUCGUUGACGAGCAAACGAGAUGCAGCCACGGAGGACGCUGCAUUGGUUCUCACAAGUACGUCCAAGCACUCUUUGUUUAUCGUAGCCUUUGUACUGAUCUUUGAAACCGAUGUCACUUGUACAGCCGGCUUCCGAGCGCCGGAAGCAAUCAUCCGACCAGGUCAUGCCGUACCUCUGCUCUUGUCGCGUGCUACCGAGUCGCUGCUCGUCCCACUUGCCGAAGGCGCCCGUCGAACGAUGCUCGACUCAAUUUGGCGGACCGUUCCUUCUUCGAAGCAGUUCGUCGACUGGCUCGUCCACAACUACUUCGCCAACUACGAUUGGUCGUGGCAUCUGCACCAUAUCCCGCUCUUCCAGGCCGAAUACGAAUCCUUCCAGAGUCUAUGUCAGCAGGGAAGGAGGGACGAAAUCGAUCCGUUGUGGUUGGCCGUGUUCUUCCAGACGCUGUGCUUGAGCGUGCACUUCCUAGAGGAGCCCGUAAUGAGUCCAACGGUCACCAUCUCAAAGCAGGAUUUGAUGACGUUGCCGCAAAAAUACUUUGAGGCAGCCGAGGCGAUGCUCCAGGUCGCAGAGUGGAAGGUCAUGUGAGUGCUCGUGCUACUUUCGGUUUUUUCAUGACGAGUGCGAUGAUGCUGACUCGUCUGAUGUCGAGCUUGUCCUCAGACCUCGAUACCGUACACUUCAGACGAUCUCGCUGUUCUCCCCCUACCUCCUCUGGAUGGGCAACCCAUCGUCAGUCCUCGAUUCGACAUGCUACUUACCAAGUGUAUCUCUGACGUGUGUAUGGUCUGACAGAACCGGUGAACGUCUUCGCACCUAUGUCCAAGCGGGUGUGCGCAUGGCUCGCUCACUUGGCCUGCACAAACUCGGCGAAGACCCUACUACAAUGCCAGUCGAAGGCCCGGGAUUGCCGAGUGGCGCGCAUACUCUGCGUCGCGAGAUGGCGCUGAGGCUACUCAGAAAUUUGCUCUUUGUCGAGUGGGUCAGCACCAACAAACUUCCGCCGGAGAUGACACCGAACCUUAGUGAGCCCGUGAGAACUGCACCCUCGAGCGCCAGAGCGAAGACUGAGAUUCGAAUUUCUGCACAGUCGACUCGGCUCUACCCGGCAAUUUCGAGGACGUAGACUUGCUGCGCGAAGGGAUUGUCCAACCUCGGCCAUACUACGAUGCCACAGACGUUUCGUACGACUUGAUCAAAUGGCGGAUAGCGCUUGUACAAAGGGCCUUCAACGAUAUCGUCCAUGGCGAGGGACCGCUGAGCUAUUCUUCCGUCCUUGAUCUCGAUCGCAGCUAUCGCGAGAUCAUCGAUUCCUUUCCGACGCGCUACUUGCCAAGCUACGUGGCCCCCUUCGGGGAGCCGUUGACGACGCUUUGGUCAAGAUCAAUGGCAUUACAAAGUAUGUUGCCGAGACCUGCUUCUCACGCGCUCGAAAGCACCUGUGAAACUAAUCGCACCAUCUGAGCCCUGCACAGCCAUCAACUCUCGCCUCGUCCGACUGCAUCGGCCCUUCAUGUAUCGCGGCUACACCGACUCCAAGUACCGCAUCUCGACGGACAACGCCAUCGUUGGAGCUCGAACCGUUUUGAUGUGCCAGCAAUCGUUGGAUCGCGCACCACCCGUCAAGGGCGCAUUCCAACCGCUCGCCGUUCAGAUGGCCGUCACGGUUCUGUUUCUCGCCAUUUGGCAGGACUUCACCCGAACUGUCGUUGAGGGAGAGGAUUAUCGAUUGAUCCAAGGUGUUGUCGGGUACUUCGAACGCCUGAGAACCUCGAGGGAAGCCAGCAUUAGGCAUGUCGCUAUGCAGACUCAUAGCGUCAUCAGUGAGUUGCAAAGGCGGAAGAUAGCGUUCAGAAUCAAAUCGGUAAACUGAGAGAAUAUUCUGGUCGUUGCUCUCUCGCAGCACGUCUGUCGCAGGAAGUCGAACAGCGCCGCAGCGCCGCCGAGUCCAGAGUGGCCGCAGGUGGCCAUUGGGAUGAUCUUGGCACCGUCGAAUCGUAGGUUAACAUUUGCACCGGUACGUUUGGCAAUGCUGACCUCAGAGCACUUCUCUUGUCUUCCUCCUCGCAGCUUUGGUCAGCUCCUUGAGCGCUUAGGCGCACCGAAGGAGAUGAUCGCAGCAAUGGGGCUUUCGAAUCCACGAGACGCAGCCGACCAUAUCUUCUCCGACCGACCUCACGACUGGUCGCGCAACGUCAAGCUGGAGCCUGGAACUUCUUCACGAGGUGAUCGUACCAGCUCGACGAACAAUACACCGAUGGGAUCGACGACGCCUAUAAGUGUUAAUGCGGUGGCCACCUCCUCGGCGCCUGCCUCGAGCUUGCUCGUUCAGCACAAGAAUGAAACGGGUGUCAACAGCUGGGACGGGGAGGUGCCUUCGGCUGUUCUGAGCGAGUGGGUACCACCGUGUCUACGUCGGCCGUGCAAUCCGAAACUGAGUCUAAACUCGUAUUUACAGCUCUGCGAAUGAAGAGCUAGCCACAAGCUGGAGUCCGACGGAUCUCGCGCUCAACUUCGACCUCCAAGGUUUGAUGGUACCCGAGUAAGCAUUGCGUCAUGUCUGCUAUAAAGAAGACAUCCCGCUGAUCCCGAUCGUCUAUCAUUCACCAGGUAUGCCGAUGUAGCAUUCGGUUUCGACGCCUUCACGACGCAGGAUUUCUUCCCUCUUGACAACUAUCAGUAA